AUGUCGCAUCCAGAUCGAAUGGCAUUGUCGACCUUUUCUUCUCCUCCUCCGCCUAGGUUUCUUUAUUUCUUUCUCUCUCUCUCUCUCUCUCCCCCUCUCUCCCUCUCUCUAUCUGUCUCCUCUUCAUCAAUUACUUUUCUCUUUCGCCCUGUAUCUCUUCCUUCUCUCUCUUUCAUUCUUGCUCGCUUCCUACGAUCUUUGUCUCUCUCCCUCUCUUAUUUUCUGUGUUUUCCUCUCCCACUCUACUUCAACGCACUCCUCCUCUAUCUCUUUUCCCUUCCUCAUUCUUUAUCUCUUUCUCUCUUUUUUCGCUUUCUUUAUCUCUUUCGCCCUCUCCCCCUUUUCUUUAUUCCUCCUUCUCUCUCUUUUCUUCACUACCGCUCUCUACACUUUAUAACUCGUUUUCUCUUUCUUUUUUUUCUCUCUCUCUCUCUCAUUUUUCUUUGCUUACCUCUCCCUCUUUAUCUCUUUAACUCUUCCUACUCUUCUCUCAUCGUCUUCUCUUUCUCUACUUCCUGUUUUUAUCUUUUCAAACAUUAUUUCUCACUUUAUAUCGUUUUCACUCUCUUUUUCUUUCUCCCGUCUCACCUUCUCCCUUUCAGUUUCUCUGUCUCCCCACCUCUUUCUCAUUCUUUGUCUACUUUUUCUCUCUUGCUACUAUUUGCCUUUCUUUUUCUUUCUCUACUUGCUUCUCUCUCUUUCUUUCUUUCUUUCUUUCUUUCUUUCUUUCUUUCUUUCUUUCUUUCUAUUCUCUUUUAUCUCUUCCUAUUUCCUCCCCUCUGUCUCUAUCUCUCUGUUUCCCUUCUUCUCCAUCAAUGGUUUCGUCACCCGCUCUUUAUUUCUCUCCUCGCACCUCUCUAUCUUUCCCUUUGUCUCCAUUUGUUUUUCUUUCCCUCUCUGUUCCUGUUUUACCCUCUCUCUCUCUCUCUCUCUCUCUCUCUCUCUCUCUCUCUGGCUUCCUUCCUCCUUUCUCCCCUCUCUCUUUCUACCCAACGACUUAGCCUUGCCCCACGCCCUGUGUAUCGAUCUGUUUGUUAA